CUAUUUACAUGGCUCAUUGCCGCAAAAAGGCUACCAACAUUAUCAAAGACACAUCACAUCCUGGUAAUGCUCUCCUACAAUCUCUUCCAUCAGGCAGGUGAUAGAGAAGCCUGAACAUGCCAGCUGGUUCAGGAAUGGCUUCUUCCCAGCUGCUAUUACACUAACGAAUGGACUCUCUAGCUUCAAAUAAUGCUGAUCUUGCUAAUGGUGAUCUUGCCUAGUGCACACCCUGCGACGUAACCUGUAUGCUUCUGUCUAAGUUUCUCUUUCAUCCUAUGGUCUGUACGACCUCACUUAUUGUGAUCUGCCUGUACUGCUCGUAAACAAAGCUUUUCACUGUACUUAAGUAUAUAUGACAAUAAAUAAAUACAUCAAAUUAAAUUGAGGUUAUCCUCCAUUACUGUGUGGCACACACGCUGAGUUAAAUGGAAUCAACUUGAAACAGAUCUCACAACUCCAAUUGGACAUCCAAGAGGCACUGGGCCAUCAGCAGCAGCAGAAUUGUAUUCUGCCACAAUCUGAAAACGUCAUGGCCUGGCAUAUCCCCCAGUUUACAAAUACCAUUCAUCUAGGAGAUCAGUCCUGGUUCAAUGAAGAGUGCAGGAGGUCAUGCCAUGCCAGGAGGUGUUAACCUGGCAAAGCUACAAAACAGGUCAACUUGCAUUGCGAGCAGUGGAAGCUGUACAUGAUAACAUGGCUAAGUGUCCAACAGUCCAUGGAUCAGAUCUAAGCCAGUCCACCAGCAUUCCCAACUGGAUAAUUUGAAGAAUUCGCUGAGGAUGAUGAUAUUUGUGGAACCUCCUCCUCCAGGGAUGGUGCCUAGCUCAUGACUGCAAAACGCUGAAGUCUUUCUAUCCAACUCCAGCUAGUAUUAAAUGGAUGAUCCCUCUUGGCCUCCUGAGGCCCCCAGCAUUAGAGAUGCCAGUGUUCAGUCAAUUUCAUUUGCUCUGCGAGAUAUUAAGAAGCAGCUGAUGUUGCCAGAUACUGCAAAGGCUACAGGUAUUGCAAGAUUUGAGGUGACAAUAUUUACUGAUGUUCAUCAUUUACAACUGCUCAGAUAUUGGGGCAGUCAGUGUUCAUGCAUUAGAAUACCUGGGCAAUGUACAAACCCAGGCUGACAAGUGACAAGUAACAAGUAACAUCACGCACAAGUAACCUGUCUAUGACCAUCCCCAUCAGCUAAUGAUUUCUCCUUUAACAUUCAGUAGUGUUACUGUCCCUCACUUCCCCACUACUAUCAAUAUCUUGGGGGUUACUACUGACCAGAAAAUGAACUGGACCAGCCAUAAAUAUUGUGGUUCCAAAUGUAAGUCUGAGGCUUGGAAUUCUCUGGUGAAUAAUUGCUUCCCAACUUCCCAAAGCACCAUCUACAAGGUACCAGUCAGGAGUGUGAUGCAAUACUGUCCACUUACCCAGAUAGGUGCAGCUUCAACAAUGAAGAAGCUUGAUGCCGUCCAGGACAAAGCAUCCUGUUUCAUUUGGCAUCCCAUUCACCACCCUCAGUUUUCACUCCUUUCAUCAUCAAAGUACAGUGGCAGACUACAGAAUGUACUGCAGUAACUCAGCAAGCCUCAUUUCACAGCAGCUUCCAACCCUGGGACUUCUACAAGUUCAGAAAUACAAUGAACACCACCACCUACAAAUUCCUACCAAGCCAUAGGACUGUCCUGGUUUGGAACUACCACCUUAUUAUUUCACUGUUAUGGUUCAAAGUCACUUCCUAACAGCACUCCCCCAUGUCCCAUUGACCAGCAUGGUUCAAGAAGAUACAUCAGCAUCCACUUUAAGGACAAUUAGGGAUGAGCAAAAAUGCUGGCAUAGCAAGCAAUGCCCACAUCCCAUGAAGCAAUUUUUAAUAAAAUUCAAUAGGAUGUACUUCUACAUCUUAUAAACUAUAAUUGGCAAAAUUUCUUUAAUCAAUUUGCACACUUGAGUUAGACUUUCUUUUAUUAUAGCUGAUGGUAUGAAACAGAAGUUACGAUUGAAAUAUCUCCAGAGAGGCUGGUAUUCUGUCACCAAGUCAUUCUUUAUUUACAUGUGAAAGUCCUUGACUCUUUCUUUGUGCUUGAUAUGGUGUAUGGUUUACUGUUUAUUUUCAUAAUUGAUUCUGGGCUGCAUUGGGACCUGUCUGCUCUGUGUUUGCCUGCAUGUUUGUGUCUUGUGUGUGUUUUAUAAUGUCCAAAUGAAUCUUAAAGUUCAGAGGGGCUGCUGAGUCUUUUGGCUUAUUGGAAGCAUUCUGUCUUCCUCCUCACUUUGACGGUGAUGAUCAGUAAGAACCAUGGAUGACCUGGUUAAUUGACCUCUAUUGCCUAAUAACACUUCUGUAAUCUUAAACUUUAAAAAUUUGCAAUCAGAUCAGAAGCUAUCUUGGACUAUUAUUAGCCGAACUGUAUAACCAUAUGCAGAAUUGUUAUUUGGAAGCUGUUUAUUUUCUUAUAAUUCAGAUUUGUUUUUGUUUCGAUAAAAACAUAAUUAAUUUUAAUGUUGCCUCUUAGUAAAUCGAACGUGACCUUCAAUCAGCAAUACUUUGUAACAAAGUGACUCUAAAUAGUAAACCAAUGCAGAACUGAAAAAGCAAUUCCUGCAGCCAGUGUUAUUAUGCCUGGGAGUAUUUUCAUACCCUUUUAACAAACGUAAAAAUUUGCUAUGGAUCAGUGACUGCGCACUCUUAUGAACGUUAAGUGUUCCUGCUGUGUUUGACUUGGCAUUUCACUUUUAAGGCUGGUUAUUUUAAAUGCUUUGCAACAAUUUUGCAGUAAUUGUGCUCAGGUACCGCUGAGCAGAUCUUCACUUAAGCCCUUUGUGAAAUAGUGACAUAUUUGUGAUGUAGUAAUUUCUUAGGGAAAGCAAAUAAGGAGCACUUGGAAGUCAGUGCAAAGACCUACUGGGCCAUAAUUUACAGUGGCAGGUGAUGUAACAGUCUCCAUCCUGAUCUUGCUGUUGCACGUUUGGUUUCAAUGAUAAUUUAUGUGGCAGUUGUCGAAAGUGCAAGCUGAUAAUGUUGUCAGUGAAUGAAACCAGACAAGUGGGACCUGUGCGUACAGGGCAAGCUUCCUGUAUGUCUCCUUAAUCAAAUUGAGGGAUUUUGAAACUCUGAAGCUUUGUAAAUGAGAAGGAAGUGUAAAUUAGGGUGGGUGUAUUUGAUGCCAAAUCAAGUACAGAAAUAGGAAGCUUAAGAGAGGCAAAAAAGAGAUAUGCGAAGAAAAUAUUUCUCAAACAAUUUUAUUUUUAUGUCCAGCAGUUACGACUGAAGGAUUGACUUGUUAUGAUCCCAGUUGAUGGUUAUACUGGACACCAGUUCUCAGAAUGAAACCUGACUUGAUAGAUCAUGUGCUGUAACUUUUGCAGCUGGCUGCAGAUGCACAUGUUGAAUGGAGCGUUACUGGCAUUGCUGUUUCCUGUAGUUAAUACCAGGCUGCUCCCCUUCGAGAUGGAGGUCUACUACAUCCAACACAUCACACUAUACAUCGUUCCGAUCUAUCUGUUGCAGAAAGGGGGUGUGUACAAACCAGAACCACUGGGUGAUUUUUGGUGGGCUCUUCUUGCUACAGGACUUCUAUUCUUCUAUCAUUUUACCUUUCUUCAGAUCCUUGGCUUGGUCACAGAAGUUAAUCUGAACAACAUGCUUUGUCCUGCAAUAUCGGACCCUUUUUACAGCUCCUGGUACCGGGUCUGGGCAUCGGGACAUCAAACAUUGAUGACAGUGACACACGGAAAAUUGGUUACUCUUCUUUUCUAUGCUGCUGCUCCUGCUUGCAAGUACCUGGUAGAUAUGGUCAAGCUGCCAAUGAAGAAAGUAGUUUGAAAUGUUGCAACAGGUCUUACCUGGCAAAGUAUAUUAUUCAGAUGUCUUUUUUUCAAAUGGUGGCAGAAGAUUUAGAAAGGUAGAUUUUUUAAAAAAAGGCUGCAAACAGUGACAAAAUAGUGGCCUUAAAGAGAUCUUUGUCUGAAAUGGUUUUGUACUUUUUGAAAUACAACGAAACUGAAUGUUCUUCACAACUUCAGAUCUAAAUGAGCAAGUUCAAAAAGGAUAACUAUCACGAUAGAAAGUGAACAGUCGUGAAAGAUACAGGAAAAGGCUGGGACAGAUUAUUUGCUCUGUUUUGCCUUCCCAUGUAUUGUCUCUGACAAAAGUGCUGUUAUCUAAUAUGUUCCCAUUCAAACAGCUUUUGAGUGACUAUAAUUGAGCAAUCCAUCCAAACAAUUGAAAAUAUUAAGUUGUGGAGUUUAAGGAAACUAACCUAUUAUGUUUCUUUCUCUCUACAUGAGGAAGCUAGUUUAUUUAUGGAUUAAAUAAAAAUGUCACAACAAUGUUGCAAGAUUACUUGGAACAAUUCUGCAAGUGUGUUGUAUUUUGAGUCAACCUGUAUUAACUCCUAUUUCAUCUUUGAGGUUUUCAAUUUUUUUUAAAAGGUGUGGAUGCAUUGUCCAUAUGAUAGAUAGGAGGCUAGACAUGUAAGUUGAUCCUAGGCUUCAACCAACAGUGCUCUAUUACUGCUUGGCAUGGCUUUUACUCCGUGUGGUUCGUAAUCUGGUUCCACUUGAUAUUUUGUAUACGUGACAGGGCUUUAACCAAAAAUGUACUCUAAUGAACAUGCAUCAUAAAGAUAUACUGCCCAUUUGAAGAAACUACUUACUGUCCCUUCUUGCUCAAUUCUUAAAUCCCAAAGAUUUUGAGAACCAACAAAGAUAUUUUCACCUAUUACCCAUGUACAUCUAUUUACCAGACUAUGUUCAUUUCAAGUGUAUGCUGCAAGAUAUAGUUCCGAUUGAAGUAUGCCUCUAGGUGUUGCAAUGAUAUUUGUGCAAAUGUAUCUGUGUGUGUGGACUUUGUCAAGGAUCAAAACUUUGUAAUUACGUUCCCUAUUGUGCAAUGUUAGUCUAGUACAUUUGCCUUAAAGAAAUAAUUCUAAUGGUUACAUGUACUUUAAUGUGUUUGUGACUGAAAAUAAAAUUAACGUUUAUGUGACAUGUAACUAGUUGGCCAACAGCACUAUCCUUGUUAUAUAAAUAAAGAUUGGCUGUGUGGUAUAAGGCAACCCUAUUCAAACAUCAUUAAUACAAGUAAGUUAAAAAUUUUAAAGCUAUUUUCUACCAUAUUAAACAUUCCAAAAAUGUUUUCCCUUUUAGCAAGUCAAAAAUUUCUUAAACAAAACCAGAAUAUAUUUUACUGUGAUAGCGUACAGAGAAAUAUUCAAUGUGACUCUGGGGUGGUUUGUUUUUCUCCCCAGUUUUGGUAUUUUGUACUCCUUUUAUUCCAUACAAGCAGAAAACUGAGACAGGAAAAUUGAAUAACAAAUCAGUAUUUGGUUGGCUUCUUGUGUCAACCCAGUUCCUUGUCCCAUAUCUUACAAUAAUCAUUUAUCUCUCUGGCUCUGCAGCGUCCGUCCAACCGAUUGCUUGUCAUAUGCAAUUUCCAUUUCGAGGCUUUCAAGUAGUUUUCUUUUAAAGGUCUGUCAUUUUGUCCUCGUAAAAAAUCCUAUAUUCAAGUUCAGCAUUGGGAAUAGUUUAAAGAUAAUAAUUCAAGUUAAUCUGUAACUCCUUUCCUUUUCAAAUUCACAUGCCACCAUGAUUCCUCAUGAGUGCAAAUUAGAAUUCUGUGUCAUCCAGAUAAAGUAAGUAUGAAUGUUUACCAAUAUUCAAGGUUUGAGUGCAUUUAGAAGUGUAUAAAUAUUUUUAUGCAUUAAUCAUUGUAGAUUAUUCUUGGAAGUUUGUCUUUUGGAAGUAGAAAUUCGGAUUUAAAUAUGAAGCAAGUUUUCCCAAUAUUUUCUUUCAUAUUAAUCUUUUCUGCUCUUUAUCUAUUCAAACCUGGACAUUCCAAUUUUGAACACUUUUAGUUGGUUGUUGUCAUUUCUCAGGUAAAGCAGAUUGGAAUGUGGGGUCAUGUAUUUCCUCUUCAAUCCAAAAUGGGAGAACCAAGCAUAUCAGACUACUAAAAAAGUUCACCUGAAACCUACCAUCUACUGGUACUGUAGUGAGAAAGUUUAAUAUUGCAACACUGGUAGCUGCCCAUCAAUAUAAAUUUCAUCAAAUAAUUAAACUUGCCCCUAGUGGCUUAGUGGAUGAUUGCACUGUGGUUCCUACUUGAGUUCUACAAACCAAAAGAUCCCAGGUCUAAUGGUUGAUCUGUGUUGUUAGCUGAUUCAGCCAGAUAUGAUGAGAUCCCAAUCCUGGUCUAGGAAGUAGAGGGGAAGAAAAGGUACUGAUUGAAUAGUGAUAGAUAGCAUUGAUCUUGCUAUGAUGUCUAUGUGUACAUGCAUGAUAUCUAAUAAGAACAAGAGUGGACUAAUAGAGGAUGUCACUAUGGUUAAAAGUCAUUACUGUUUCUUACUGGGCUGAUAUUUCCUAAAAGCAAAAGUGGAAGUGAGGAGACCACCCAGUCUAUUAGCUAGAGAAUAGUGCUUGUCAGGUUUAAGGGAAUGAAAGUAUUUUAAACCCUGAGAUUACUGUACAUUUGAUAUUUACUAAUGUCACAACAUUGAUAAAUUGUGGGAUGUGGUACAAAAAUGACACUCCAGACCCUACUCUUUAAUAGAUGUUACUCACUUUACCUUUACAGACCUAGAUUUAGUUGAGUAUUGAGUAUUGGUAAUACUUAAAAUGACAAGUUGAACAACCAUAUGCAACACCAUAAAAGGAAGGGGUUUUAAAAUAGGGAAUCAGUUGAUUGGAAAGUCAACACUUCUAUUGGGUUGGGUGGGGUGGGGGCUGGCAGGAACACAGUGAUCAGCAGCAAAUAAAAGACAUCUUGUAAAUUAUUUAUGAAUGGGCCUUUAGGGUUUGUUGGAAAGUGAAUUAUGUUACAUUGCAUUAAAACGUAGCAUCUGAAGACAUUACAGAGACAGUAAGAUCUCUAAUAACACAGCUGAAACUAUAGAUAAACAGGCCCUAUUACGGGUAGCCGAAAUGCAAAGAGCAGCAGAGAUGAAGCUGUGAGGCAGGGUGGGGUGAAGCUGCAAGUUUACAAACUAAACUUUGACACCAAAUUUUCCAAAGCUUUUUGGAGUUUGUGAAGAUAUUUGACACAUUCUACAACAUCCAUGUGGCUGCCUGAAAUAUAUCUGCAAGCCAUUCUGCAGUAUUGAUGGUUCAACUCAGGGAGCUGAAUAAUUGCCUGAAGUCACCUGAUCACAUAUUGAAAGUAAGAUAAAUGCAAAGAUGCUUUUGUUCUAUUGAUAUUGAUUCUGUCAUCACUUCAUUUUGCUUCUUUGAGCUGUAUGAUUCCAAGGUGUCAGGAAAAAAAUUGUAUUGUUGUACAUUUUGACAUUUCAUCUCCACUGUAAAUAUUGUUCUUAUGGGAGACUAAUCUUUCAUUUAUGGCUAACGUUUGUAACUUUGCUGAAACAUUUGGAUGUCUCAGCUGUGUUUUGUAUACUCCAGAUAUACCUCAAAAAUGGGAAAAAUGACAUCCAAGCUAAGUUUUGAAGAGAGCAAAAAUAACAAUUCCCUACAAUUUUGGCGACACUGCCUACUGAAGUGUGCCACUUGUGUAGGUUUUCUAAAUUUCUUGUUUCAUGUUGCUUUUCUAAAGUUAUAAACAGUUCUGCUUGUAUAAUAAAAUUGAAGUUACCAACUGAA